AUGGAGUUGGAUCCGCCAGUGGGGGUCAUGACAGGCACAGAUGCUGUGCAGCAGACCUUGGGCCUGGUAGUGAAGUUAUUGCCGCAUCAGCAGCAGCAGUCAGUCAGACAGAUGGUGGUAGAUGAGCAAAUGAUGAGACAACAGGAGAUAAUACAGCAUAGUUCUAACUGUGAAUUUAGGCCUUGUGAGGCCAGCAAUCCCUGUGAGAAUGGAGCUGUGUGCAUAGAAGAGAUGGAUUUGGACACCUUUCCCCUUGGAUUCCAGUGCCAGUGUACAAAGGGCUUUGCAGGUCCACGCUGCGAGAUCAAUGUCAAUGAGUGCAGCUCUAACCCCUGCCUCCAUGGAUAUUGCUAUGACAUUGUUGACAGCUUCUAUUGUUUAUGCAAUCCUGGAUAUGCAGGGCCAAAGUGUGACCAGGACAUCAAUGACUGUAUUAUCAAUGCUUGUGACCACAAUUCUACAUGCAUGGAUCUACAUCUGAGCUACCAGUGUGUCUGCCUGCCAGGGUGGGAAGGAACAUUUUGCGAAUAUGAAUCCAAUGAAUGUAACCCAGAGCCUUGCAAAAACAACGGCACCUGCACAGAUCUUUUCAACAGCUAUCAAUGCACAUGUACAGCAGGCUGGACAGGGUCACAGUGCAAUGAAGAUAUAAAUGAAUGUGAUCCUGACCCAUGCUUGAACGGAGGGACCUGCUAUGAGUCUGUUGUCCAGGGGCAGUUUGUAUGCCUUUGUCCUCCAUUUUAUACUGGAGACUCUUGCCAGCAGCGCUACAACCCCUGUGACCCACACUACAAUCCAUGUGUAAACAAUUCAACCUGCCUGGCACAGGUUGAUGGCACUCCAUUGUGUGUUUGCAAAAAAGGAUUUGAAGGUGCUUACUGUGAAAUUGACACUGAUGAGUGCAUUUCCCAUCCAUGCUGGAACCAUGGUCUCUGUGUGGAUGGGGUUAAUAGUUACAGAUGUUCCUGUCAACAUGGUUUUUCUGGGUCACAGUGUGAAGUGGACAUUAAUGAAUGUUCAUCAAGACCCUGCAAAAACAAUGCAACCUGCCUAGAUCUUAUAAACAGAUUCUCCUGUAAUUGCACACCUGGAUACUAUGGGUCACUCUGUGAACUGGAUAUAGAUGAGUGUGAAGUUUUGCCUUGCUUACAUGAAGGAAGCUGCUUAAACAAGCUUGGAGGCUACCAGUGUCUUUGCCUCCCUGGAUUCACAG